UCAUUGUCAUUAAUGACAGAAGUUUUCUGUUGCAGCGAGAACGUAUUAUUUAUCUUCCGGACUUGUACAACAAAAUUCCCGAAAGUUAUAGAAUUGUUUAUCUCAUUCUUUUAAAUUCAAAUAAAGUGCUAACAAUGGAAGUUGAUUUGUACUCUACGGACUGGACACAUUCGGCGGAGAGUUCCUGUUUACCCCUCAUUGACGAAACCUCGGCAUUAGGAACACAGGCACCGAAAGACAGGCUGAUAGCUGUACUAGACCAAGUAGAGCUGAGAGUGGAAAGGCUCCGGAGAGACACAGUGAGGAUUGAAGAGGAAAAGGACUCCCUUCUGUCUACGCUUGAUAGCAUCAAGCACUCUGAACUUCUUACUGAUAUCUCUGAAUGCGACAAAGACGACAUAACUCGAUACGCAGACCGUAUAUUGGCGCGCGCUCUCACCGUCGAGGUGGCCGUUCGAACUGACCGCGAUCAGCAGCAGGAGGAAGCUCUGCAUCAGGUGAACAUGUACAUCGACCAGCUGGUAAUGUCGGUACACGAGGACGCGGUGGUUGCGCACGCGCGCUGCCAAACGUACAUGAACGCGUGCACGUCCCAGCCCGACCCCGGCAGUGGGACCGACAAGAACUUCGAGAGCGCGAUACUGGGCUGCACCCUCGACGACCAGAAGCGGGUGAAGAAACGCCUCCAGGGGCUGCUGGAGUACUUCGCGAAACUAAACGUCACCACGUACUCGUGAGCUCUGCGCGGCCUGCGGAUUGACUGAGCGCUCUGCCGUCUUGGUGGAUGUGUCUAUUACUACUAAUAUAUAUCUAGGAAUAUUUUCAUGUAAGUGGAUUUUUUCCGAACCCAAAGACCUUUUUUUUUUCAUAAAAAUUCUUUGUUGUACACAAAAGCGAUAUUGACAAAUAAUAUGUAAUACAGCACAAGAGGUUUAGGCACAGAAGGCGGUCUUAAGUCCUUUCGUUUCUUUUGUCUUUUCUUAAAGGGAAAGUUUGCUUUUCGCGUUGUCUAGAUUUUUUUUUUGUAAUUUUUAAUGUCGUGGUAAAAAGGAAGAACUGGGAAUACACACGAUCGAUGUCGUGAUUGCAUGUCUGCGAUUUUGGCACGAUUGGUUAAGAUAAAAUCACUUCCUUUUUUGUUCGGAUUAGAAGAUGUCAGUUUAUAAUACUUACCCGAUCCAAUGGAAAUUUCUCGCUGUUAAAAUAUUGGAUCUUUUUGUAUUGUCUAUUAUGUUAAAAGAGAAAAAUAUAUGUUUAAGGUUAUUGUGGGAAGAAAUCCAUUUAUGAUUCUUUUUCUUAAAAUUAUAUGUAAACUUCUAUCAGUCUGCAUCAUAUAAUUGUAAUGUUAGGUAUUUAAAAAAAUUAUUCUGAUAUCGAAAUAGUAGACUUUCGUAUUAUUUUUAUUUUAAGUACAAUUAAAAUGCUUUAUAAAUGAAAAAAUUAAUGGUAGAAAAGAAAAAAAGAAAAAUGCUAAGUUUGCAAGUUCUAAUCCCGCAUUGUGAUAGAAUUUUUUCGAUUCUUUAAAUAUUUUUCUUUCCGUAUGAUUGGUUAACCACAUAAUAUUUACUGAUUAUUGAUGUAACAUCUAUUCCGUGUCAAAUUUCAUAGUUUUGUGUAUUAUGUAAAACAUAUCUCAAAUAAUGCCAAAAUAUUGGGUCAUAGCUAUCUUGUAAACAUGAUUUUAUAUGAAAUUUCCAAUGAUAACAAAUAUUUUAUCAACAAAUCAGACUACGUUAUUGUAAUGGAAUAAGUUUUAUUGAAACUACAAUUCCAAUCACAAUGUAUAGAUGAACCAAGUUGCAUUUAUUUGGUUAAAUUUAAAACUGUUAGAAUUUCAUUCAUGAGCAUAUUUUCUCAGUAUCUCAUUGCGUCUUCAAAUAUCCAGUGAAAUUAUAAUUUUAUGUUCAUAUAGACACAUCCACCAUCCAUUCCUUAUACAUGCGCUCCACUGAGAACGCCGAUAUUCAUAAAAGCAAAGCGGAGAAUACAUACGAAUCUUUUAUAUUAAUCAAUUUUUAACAAGCACAUACAGGACAGACAGGCGUUUUUAUCUUAUUUUCUGUCAAAAUGUUUCUCUGUAUCCUGGAAAACUCCGAGCUCAGGAUAAAUGUGGGCCAACGAGACGAGAUAAAAAAUGUAAACAAUUUAACAGUUAACAGGUAACGGCCGUGAAUUUCAAAAUUUCUCAAGUAUUUCGUAUGCAAUAUUUCUCUUGAAAGUCGUCCGUGGCUCCAUGACUUCUGUGGUUGUGUGUUCCGUGGUACACGUCCAGAAAUCAAAAAUAUUUCGCUAGUUUGUUCACAUUCUUUAUCUCAAUUAGUUGGCCUUACUAUAUAAGAUAAUUCCAGAAAUACAUAUAAUCUACGAACAUCAGGAUUAAUAUUAAAAUUAAUAUAAAAGAUUUGUAGAAUUUUCCUGUCCAAGUAACAUAAUUUUUAAUGAAUUAUAUAUAAGUACUUGAAUGUCUGAUAAAUGAAUCGUUUUAAAAUACUUCAGAAUUUUUACUGUUUCCAUAUUAUUGCUUUAUUUUUAUUUCAGUAACUCCGCUCCGCUUUUGUUGAUUGCGAAAUAGUAUACGCGAAUGUAAAGCGUAUCGCACGCACAUAAAGUACAUUAUCGUAUACAAUUUUGCGAAGAUCUCAUUGAUGUCGCUCAGCCGUGUGUCAGCAUGCUUCGGCAAUUGUGAUUUUGUGCAUAUUUAUUUAGAAAUAUAAUUAUUUUUACGUUAUGGAUACCUACGUUAUUUCGUUUUUUUAUUUUUUUUUCUACGGUUAGCAGUUUGAAAUUGUUUACGUGUAGCCAGUUUAUUUUUUUGCAGUUGAGAUUAUUAUGUCCAUUUGUCGUAUAAAUUUUUGUGUCGUUAAAGGACGUAAUUGGUUGAGUUCAAGUAUUCAGAUUGUUUUUUGUUUUUGCGUCUCGCCUUAUGUAGCCUUAUUGUAUAUUAGUCCCAUGUGAUGGGUAUAUGAAUCUUAUUGUGCUAUGUAUUUAGUUCGUUUUUGAACUAAUGAAUGAGACAUAAGAUGUAGGUUAGGAUGACUGUGACUUUGGAAGGAACAGGAAAAAUAUGUAUGGACACGACGAAUAGUAUUCCAAGUUAUUUUGGACAGUGGCAAGUGGAAAUGUGCAAAGUAAUUUUAUUAGUAAUUUGUAAAUUAUUUAGUAGCGUGGAUUUGUUCAAUGGCAACACUCUGACGGUACCAGUCUUAAUAUAACUUUACAAAUACUUUUCGCCGUGUCUUUACUGAGAGGUUAAUUGGACGUGUUGUAAUUAAGGAUUUUCUUACGAUAUAUCUAAUUUCGAGUUUUUUAAUGCUUAAUAAUAAUAUCGCCAAAUUUAUUUUUAGUUACCAUCUAAAUUAAAUUUGCUAUAGAUUUGUGGAGUGGACAUGUAAGGCAGUUACUACUAAAUUGAUCUGGUUUUGUUGGUGCACUACUGGCUGGCACUUCUGGCAAGAUGCUAAAUAAUUCACAUUUUAGCGUAUGUUUGUUAAAUUUUUACUUUGCGGAAGCCUAUAAUAAACUGUCUGAUCAUA